AUGAGUGCACACGACAACGAAGAACUCAUCGACUACGAGGACGAACACGACGUGGUUACCAAUGGGGCUGCAGCACCAUCAGCGACGAAUGGCGCUGUUUCUGCAACAGCGCCUGCUGUCGACGGUGAGGGCGAGAAAGAUAAAAAGAACUUUUCAGGAAUACACUCUACUGGGUUCAGGGACUUCUUGUUGAAGCCCGAGUUGCUGCGCGCCAUAAGUGAUCUUGGUUUUGAGCAUCCCUCGGAAGUGCAACAGGAGUGUAUUCCACAGGCGGUCCUGGGAAUGGACGUCUUGUGUCAGGCCAAGUCAGGUCACGGAAAAACUGCAGUGUUCGUCUUGGCGACACUCCAGCAACUGGAACCUGUCAAUGGCGAGGUAUCCGUCCUCGUCUUGUGCCACACUCGCGAGCUUGCAUUUCAAAUCAAGAACGAGUAUACCCGGUUUGCCAAGUACAUGCCUGACGUUCGUGUCAGCACGUUCUAUGGUGGCACACCGGUCGCAAAAGAUGCCGAGUUGCUUCGAGACAAAACCAAAUGCCCGCACAUAGUCGUUGCAACUCCUGGCCGUCUGAACGCAUUGACAAGAGACAAGGUUUUGGACGCGUCGAAAGUCAAGCACUUUAUUCUUGACGAGUGCGAUAAAAUGCUUGAACAGCUUGACAUGCGCCGGGACGUUCAAGAAAUCUUCCGAGCAACGCCUCAUCACAAGCAGGUUAUGAUGUUCAGUGCGACGUUGGCCAAGGAGAUUAGGGUGACGUGCAAGAAGUUCAUGGCUAACCCACUUGAAAUCUUUGUUGACGAUGAGACGAAACUGACGCUUCACGGACUGCGCCAACAUUACGCCAAACUCGAAGAGGUUGCAAAGAACAGGAAGUUGAACGAGUUGUUGGAUACGUUGGAAUUCAAUCAGGUUGUAAUAUUCGUCAAGUCUGUCGCACGCGCGAUCGAGCUUGACAAACUCCUCGUCUCGUGUAAUUUCCCGAGUAUCAGCAUUCAUUCUGGAUUGUCACAGGAGGAGCGCAUCAACCGUUACACGGCCUUUAAAGCCUUUGAGAAACGCAUUCUUGUCGCCACCGAUAUCUUUGGUCGUGGUAUUGAUGUUGAGCGGGUCAAUAUUGUGAUCAACUACGAUUGUCCUCCCGAUGCAGACAGCUACUUACACCGUGUCGGCCGCGCUGGCCGUUUCGGCACCAAAGGUCUUGCUAUUACUUUCGUCUCGUCAGAGAGUGAUCAGCAAGUCAUGCUUGCGAUCCAGUCCCGGUUCGAGGUUGCUGUACCCGAACUGCCUGAGCAUAUUGAUCCCGCGAGCUACAUGACGUCUUAA